AUGCCUAGCCCGUCGCAAUCCGGCCCGGCUUCCUCGCCCACCCCUUCGCUCUCGCCCCUCGCGGAACCCACCGAGGGUGGGCGGCUAGAUUCCUCGGCGCACGAGUUCCGCAAUGCGCGGUUCCACGCCAUGCCGGAGGACCUCGCCGCGCCGGGCUUCCUGGAGGAGCCGGACCCCUGGUUCCGCCUCCCAUCCCCGGUGAGUCCCAUCGGCUCGGACGCCAGCACCGAGCGUUCCUCCGCCGACGCCAGCGCCGAGGGUUCCUCCGCCGCCACCUCGCCGGCCCCCGCCGCCUACGCCUUCCCUCCUGCCGGCGCCGCCGACCCCGACCCGCCCUCCCUCGCCAGUCUCGUCGCCACCUCCGAGCCCGACGACGGCACCCCCUACGACCCGCGCUGGGGGGUGAUCGGCGGCGAGCGGCGCCAGCAGCGGCAACGGUCCCAAUCGCCUCCCCCUUGCCCGCCGCCCCCACCGCCAACUCCGACGCCGGGGACGACGGCACCCCCUCACACCCCCAUCACCACGCAAGCCUGGGGUGGUGGUGUGAUCGGCCAGCAGGACGAGGACGGGUCGCGCCAGCUCCUACACGGCCUGCUCCUGGUAGUCCGUUCUCGCCCGUUGCCACCGGAGCCGCUGACAACGUCGACGACGACGACGACGACAACGGCGACGCCCCCCACCACCAGCGGGCGGCCCUACCGGCACCACCACAGCCGCCGCUCCCGGGUCUGCCCGCCUCGCUCCCAACUCCUGAGCUCCCGGCCCUUCCCCUACAACCUGUACUACUAUGCCGAGACGCUCAGCGACGAGGAGCCAGUGGCAGGGCCCAGUGUGGGCAGGGGGCACGCGCUUUUCUCGCCGGGGAUGGGGUCGGGAUUGUGGUGA